UUGUAAGAGCGCUGCCGGCAACAAUAUUCUGAGAGUGACGUGCGCGUUAUUGAAAGUAGAAAGUGAUCAGGAAUGUGUGAUUUAUGUAAUUUAUAUUUGGGAUGCAUAAGUGGUUGUUUGUUGUACUAAUGAAAAUUUUGUGAAUGGACACAAAUUAAACGUAAAAACUGUAUUGUUUGUAGGUAGGUAGGAAAUAGAUGUGAGAGGAAAUUAUUCGAAGACCAAGCUAUCUCCUUGAACAUGCCCCGCAGACAACGGACAGAGAUGUCUGAAGUCGCAAGAAGAUUACAAAGAGCAGCUAUUCGCCUGGUGUUUAGGGUGUUGGAAUUAAUUGUAUCAGGAUUUUUGCAGUUGGUUUAUCAUGGGAAAGGUGAAGUAGUUCCUCCCAUUAACAACCUGUUGCUUUUAGAGCCUGCAUCCACACUUGCACUGAAAAUAAGAACUAGAAAGGUUUCAAGUGUCCAGGUGAUAGAAGCUUACAUAGCUCGUAUAAAAGAAAUAAAUCCUAUCUUAAAUUGCAUGGUAGAUGAGAGAUUUUCUGAUGCCCUGAAAGAAGCAAGGGAAAUAGACAGUUUUAUUGCAUCAGAAACAAAGAGUACUGAUGAAAUUGCAAGAGAUACACCUUUUCUUGGUGUCCCCUUUACAACAAAAGACUGCAUACAAGUAAAAGGCCUGUCAAACACUGCUGGAUUGUACAAAAGAAAAGAUAUAAAAGCUCUUGAAGACGCCGAAGUCAUUGCCCUUAUGCGAAAAGCUGGCGGAAUUCCGUUAGCUGUUACAAAUAUUUCGGAAUUGUGUAUGUGGUGGGAAAGCUCAAACACAGUCUAUGGGAGGACAAACAAUCCUUACAAUACAAACCAUAUAGUUGGUGGCUCUUCAGGUGGGGAGGCCUGCAUCCAAGCUGCAGCAGCUUCCCCAGUUGGAAUAGGGUCAGAUAUUGGAGGUUCAAUAAGAAUGCCAUGCUUUUUCAAUGGCAUAUUUGGCCACAAGCCUUCUCGAUGUAUUGUAUCUAAUCAAGGAGAAUACCCUGUGCCUUCUGAAGAACAAAAUACCUUCCUGGGAACUGGUCCUAUGUGUCGUUAUGCAGUAGACUUGCUGCCUACCUUGAAAGUAAUAGCUGGGAAAAAUGCAAUUCACUUGAAGUUGGAGGAAAAAGUGAAUUAUGAUAAAAUGAAAUUCUAUUACAUGGAAAGUGAUGGUGGUUCACCUGUAGUUUCUCCUGUACAUCCAGAAAUAAAAGAUGUUUUACUAAAAGCUGUGAGUCAUUUUGAAAGAGCAUAUAACAUAAAAGCACAAAAGAUUAGACUGGAGAAGAUGAAAAUGUCUAUUGAUAUAUGGCUUGCGAAAAUGAAAGUUAAAAAUGGACCUACUUUUUGUGAGGAACUGGCAAAUAGAGAGGGUUCUAUAACUUUAUGGUGGGAGUUAGUUAAAUGGUUUCUUGGAUUCUCUAACCACACAUUUAUUGCUUUAGCAACAGCCCUAACUGAAAAACUUGGGGUGCAGCCAGGUACCCCAGAAUAUGCACAUUUGUGUGAUUUGUGUGAUCAGUUACACCAAGAGUUCCAGGAUAUGCUGGGAAACAAUGGAGUACUUUUUUAUCCAACACACCCUACUCCAGCACCCUACCACUUAGAACCUCUCGUCAAACCUUUCAAUUUUGCUUACACUGGAAUAAUAAACAUGCUGGGAUUUCCUGCUACACAUUGUCCACUUGGUCUUAGCAAAGGUGGAUUACCCAUUGGAAUCCAGGUAAUUGGUGGAAUGAAUCAAGAUCACCUGACAAUAGCUGUUGCAAAUGAGUUGGAAAAGGCAUUUGGUGGCUGGGUUCCACCAUCAAUUGCUGUGUAAGGACUUAUCAAAUUGUUCAUUCGUUGGUGGUUGGUAAUACGCAUUACAUAAUUUAAUGUGAGUGGAAUAUUUGUGGUACUUUUUAAUGGCUGAAUUUUUAAGCUUUAAAAUAAUAUAUAUAUUUGUAGUCUGUAUGGUUGAUAUGCUGCAUGUACUUGAGGAACUGCGUCCCAUGCUCGUGCUCGUGCUCGUGCUCACUGCUGUCACAGCCCUUUUUGUGGACUAUCAGCUGCACGUGAAUCAUCUUGUGCAGGAGUUUUUCAACAAGGUCUUCCCUUGGAUGCGGUUUCAGCAAGGGCUUGCUCAGCCUCAUAGAGCACAAUCCAUUCCAUCAUUCAUAUGCACAGACACCAAAAUUCUUAGUCAUUGUGGGGCUCCAUUUCGCCUCCACUUCACCAAGGUGCCUCGUACAGAAAUUGAACUGUUGGAAAAGUGGGUGGAUAUCCUGUGUAGGAUCAGUGUACUCUAGGGGCAGGUCCACGAGUGCGUGUGUGCUCCGCCUUCACCAUCAGUACUUUAAAGUAGUAUAUGCAUAGACUUGUUUCCUUCGAAGGCAGCUCUAUGAAGUGCUGUGCAUUCACAGUGGCUUUGCUUAGAUAUAAUCAAAAUAAAUCAUGAAAUUGUGUGUAUCUAGUGAUUUAUUCUGGUGUGAAAUUGAAUAACCCAGAUUUUGAAUGUCUUAUUUGUUUGUAAACAAAAUUACCAUUAUUUGUGUGUGCAAAGCAGUUGCCACAACCAAUUUGUAACCAAAUGUAUUGUUUGGUGUGUCAUUUUUCAUGUGGUCCUAUAUUAUUGUUUGCCUGGUUACAUUCCUACAGUAUCCAUACAUAAUUUUUAAGUGUAUCUCUUAUGGUUUAUUUUUUCUUUGUUUCAUUUCCAUAUUGUCCUUGGAAUAUCUCUGUGUCGUCUUGUUAUUUUCAUGUGGUCUGAUCAUCUCACAACUGUGUUUCUGAGCAAUAUUUGGCUCAGACCAUUGGUUAGUGUGGUUUACAGAUUUUUCAUGACAGUUCCCUUUGUUAUCACAUUGUGCUCGUUACCCAGAUUUUAAAUCUGUACAAAGGAGUUUAAUAGCUGUUAAAUGCGACUAUAAUAGGUUAUUCUUGGACUGACUGGUGAAUGUCAAUCUAUUUUAUCUGUGUUUAUUCCUUCUGUUCUCUUGAGUUCUUAAUCAUGUCCCCCCUCCCUCUCCAGCUAGUUCAUUUUGUUACUUUUCUUAACUUCUAUUUUUUAAACAGUGGCAUCAUCUUGGUGAAUUACAUUCCAUACAAUGCCACAUGACCAAUGUUGUUCCUGAUUCCUGCCAUAGAAUAUUUCUUCAAAUCCUUUAGAUUUAUUUUGACUCUCUCAUUGUGGUCUCAAGUGCUGUUGAUGCUCUGUUUGUCAUGAACAACCGCGUUGCCUCCAGAUCAUAUUACAGUGUUAUCUCUUAUAAACUUCAUAGGCCUUUAAGUGGCAGUAUUAUGUCAGAUAUUGACUUGUGUUACGUAAGUUCCUUCUGCUUGCCUCUCAGCUUCUUGCUAAGUUGCUCCUUUGUUUGAUUUUGCAUUGCCCUGUACUUGUCUGUUGUUGAACCAGUAAUCCAAUUUUCCUUUAAUUAAUGCCGCUUCCUCAGUCUGGUAAAAGGUGUAUCAUUGUCAGCAUUGCAGAUGCUACUUCUGAUUUCUCCUCUCAUUCUUCAUUUCUUUUAAAUUACUAUCUACCUGCAAACCUGGCACUGUGUAAAUUUUUUCCUCUUCUUGUGUUGUACAGUUUUCUGUACUGGUUAUGUAUUGCCAUAAGUUACUUAAGUGCCAAAGGUAUGCACAAAAAAGUUUUACGGUUAGACUGAUCUGUUAUUUGUGUGCCAGUUUAUGGUAUAUUUACAUGCUAUGUACUUCCUGAAGUCUGAGAGAGUACGUUCUAGUUCAUAUUACCCAAAGAUCAAGUUUGUUCCUAAAUUUGAGUUCAUAUUUGGGUUCAUGCUGUUAUCAUCUGCAACUGACUUGUGAAAUUUGGAGUUAGUUUAUAUGUGGUCAUAGAGAGUAUUUGUAGCAGAUGCAGGAAACGUUUAAAAUCUAGCUUUUGUUAGAAAAAUAUCACAAUUUUGUCUUCUGUGUUCUUUUAAAAUUUAAGAUUUUUUUUACAUCCAUUUGCCACUAGCUAUAAAUGUAAGCAUUAGUUCCCUAACAUUUAGCAUUGCACUGGUAAGAGUCCUUAGCUAGGAAGUCUCAUUUCUGUUGGUGGAAAUGGACAACCCUCACAAACAAUCUUAAGUUCAAACAAGAUCCUGAUGCUGAUCAUUCUUGAAGAGCAUUCAGUUAGGUUCUAAAUUAAAGCUUUAAAAAAAUGCUUUUUAAUUCACUCUAGUUAAGAAAAGGUAGUGUAAAUGUUAAAGGCUCAAGUAUUUCAGUAACAGGUGAGAAGAAUUAUGGCUCAAGCAUGUCCUUCAUCACAAAAUAUGAAACUGGAAAAAAGUUUGCAAUUUUUUGUGAUGAUGUCUCAACUUGUUUGUUAAUUCCUAAUGUGCUAUUUAAAGAAGAUUGAACAUGCCAAUUACCAUAAGCACUAUGUCCUUUCCAGUUAAGAAAUUCAAAGAAUUGGGCAGUGAUGCUUUUUAUGCCAGUGUUGAAGUGUUUGUUUGAAAGAUACAGUUAUAAUUAUAACUGUAAGACUCACAUAAUGAAUUUGAUUCACAUACUUUUUUCCUUUUGUGAUGCCAUAUGGAAUGAUUUUUAUGAUACUUUGAUUCUGUGAUGAGAUCUGAUUAAAGAGAAUGCCACAACUCUGCCCUUAGAAAUGACACAAAAGUUUUUU